CAAAAAGAGCAGAAGGCGUGUUCAGAACGAAAAAGUGGAACAUCACGAACGCAAAAAUUUCUUUUUGUUAACGUUUGCAACACCGCAUGUGUUGUUUAGGAAAAUCAUAAAUAUUUAUUCGACUGUAGUUUAUUUACAAUUAAAUAAAAAUGCCUAAAAAGAAAUCGAAGCCAACAAAGAAAGACACCGAUCAAAAUUCAAAAGCCAGUUCCAAGGAUAAUGAUAUUGAUGACGACUUCGAACAAUUAGAUCUAAAUAACGAUGACACAUUAGAUGAUGGUGAUGGAGAUGUUAUUCCUUCUUCAAAAGAUAAAAAGAAGUCAAAAUCAAAAACUUCGAAGAAAAAAACUCCUGAAGUCGUGAAAAGUCCUGUUUCCAAUAAUCAAAGUGAUGAUGAGGAAAAUUUAGACAGUGAUGUUGAAGAAACUGGCUCUCAAUCUAGUCAGGAUGCUGAUUCUCAAAAAGAGGAAGAGCAGAAGCCUAAAGUUAAACUUUCUCAUAAAGAAAAGAAAAAGUUGAAGAAACAAAGUGAGUAUCAAAGACAGAUUGAAGCAUUGGGUAGUGGCGGAGUAGAUGAUCAAUUUACAGUUUCCCAGGCUGAAAAAUCGGCAGCUCAGCAACUGCAAUUAGAAAAUGCUAUAGAUAUUAAGGUGGAUAAUUUUUCAAUAUCUGCUAGAGGAAAAGACCUUUUUAUUAAUGCUGGUUUACAUAUCACUAAUGGACGAAGAUACGGUCUUGUAGGACCUAAUGGUCAUGGCAAAACAACUUUAUUGAAACACAUUGCUAACAGAUCUUUAAACAUUCCACCUACAAUUGAUGUUCUGUUGUGUGAACAAGAGGUUGUGGCUGAUGACACCCCUGCUGUUGAAGUUGUUUUAAAGUCAGACACCAAACGAAGUGAACUCUUGGAUGAAAUGAAUGCUCUUGAAGCAGAACUAAAUAAAGGAUCUUUAAAAAAACAGGAACGACUAAAUGAGGUAUAUGAAGAGUUACGAAUCAUUGGUGCUGAUUCUGCGGAAGCUAGAGCAAGGCGAAUUCUUGCUGGUUUAGGAUUUGAUCGAGAAAUGCAAGAUCGAGCUACAAAACAUUUCUCUGGGGGUUGGAGAAUGAGAGUUUCUUUGGCUAGAGCAUUGUUUAUGGAACCAACUUUGCUUCUUCUUGAUGAACCUACUAAUCAUUUAGAUUUAAAUGCUGUUAUUUGGCUUGACAAUUACUUACAAGCUUGGAAAAAGACUUUGCUGGUUGUUUCUCACGACCAAAGUUUCUUAGAUAAUGUUUGCACUGAUAUUAUUCAUUUAGAUAAUUUGAAAUUGUAUUACUAUCGUGGAAAUUAUAGUAAAUUCAAAAAAAUGUACGUUCAAAAGCGCAAGGAACUUGUUAAAGAAUAUGAGAAACAAGAAAAACGAUUAAAAGAGAUGAAAGCAUCUGGUAAAUCAACUAAAGUUGCUGAAAAAGCUACUAAAGAGGCCUAUACACGUAAACAACAGAAAAAUCUACAAAAACGUUCAAAUGACUCAGAGUCUGGACCUUCUGAGCUUAUUCGGCGUCCUAAGGAGUAUUUUGUUAAAUUUAAUUUUCCAAAUCCCCCUCCUUUGAAUCCACCUAUAUUGGGUCUUCAUAAUGUAUGUUUUGCUUAUCCAAAUCAACCUAAACUUUUUAAAAAUGUGGAUUUUGGAAUAGAUAUGUCUUCUAGAGUGGCUAUAGUAGGUCCUAAUGGUGUUGGAAAAACUACUUUUUUGAGACUACUUACUGCAGAGUUAUCCCCGACAGUUGGUGAACAAAGACAAAAUCAUCGUCUUAGAAUUGGAAAAUUUGAUCAACAUUCUGGAGAACAAUUGAACUUAGAAGAGUCACCUGUUGAGUAUUUACAACGGCUAUUUAAUUUAAACUACCAAGAUGCUCGAAAACAAUUGGGAAGUUAUGGAUUAGUCAGUCAUGCCCACACGAUAAAGAAUCAUGAUCUUUCUGGCGGACAAAAAGCCAGGGUUGCUUUAGCUGAACUCGCUCUUCGUGCACCUGAUGUUUUAAUAUUGGAUGAACCUACAAAUAACCUGGAUAUUGAAUCAAUUGAUGCUUUAGCAGAAGCAAUUACUGAGUUUGAAGGAGGUGUCAUAAUUGUUUCUCACGAUGAACGUCUAAUUAGGGAAACAAACUGCCAAUUGUGGAUUAUUGAAAAUCAAAAUAUUGAUGAAAUUGAUGGUGACUUUGAUGAUUACAGAAAAGAGUUGUUAGAAUCACUUGGAGAGACUGUUAAUAAUCCUAGUAUAGCUGCACAACAGGCUAUGAAGCAAAAUGAGUGACAGUUGUAAAAUAAUAAUGAGUAUUAAUUUAAUAAAGUUUAUUUCUUUAA